CUGGACGCGCGGCGCAUCCAUGGACGAUUCAUCCCGCGGCGUUAACGAUUCGGAGAAGCCGCUAAAAAUAGCGGCGGACGUAGACCUCAUUGACGAGGGAAUCACGGACGAUCGAGUGAGAAAAAAAAACUUCGCCAUUAGCGUAUCGAUGCAAUUUCAUUCGACUGAGACAAACGCUGAAGCUACGUCUCUGUCUGGACAGGUUGGUUUUUUUCUGGUUUCCAAGUUGCUUCUCGGACUUGAUACCCCGGCAUUCGUGGGGCCACUUUGUUGUCCACGGAAGACUACGAGUUCGCUGGACAUCGACAACUUUUUACGACGGCGACGGCGAGCGACGAGAAUUCUUACCGCCGGCGUUUCAUCCGCCAGAAUUCGCACUUUGAUUAAAGUGACGCCGAGCACUCUUGUGCGACGAGAGAUAAUCGUGGCUCCCUCGGGAACGGACACAGCAGUUGCUCCUGCACGGGCGAGCACGAAAUUGGCAGGAAAUCAACCCAGCCGGUGUGAGAGACUUCGCCUUCUUAUUUUUAGGUCACCGCAAUGCGGGCCGGUAGGACGUGGACUGACGUGACCGAGCGAGUGCACGCUCGGACGCGAACCGAAAGCCGAGAAAUAUCAGGGAAGUUGUCAUUUCUGGGCUGCUCGUAAAACUGAGGCUCAGGCAUUAAUGAAGAAGACUGUAGGUGCACACACAUACGCUGCUGGAUUUGCACCAAAGACAUGGCGGAAUACCGCGCGAUCGGGACCGCAAAGAUCAAAGGGGCCGACAGGGAGUGAACCUACUAGUUAUAUAUAGUGAUUUUGCCGAAUAAUAUUCCUCGACUUAUAUCAGAUCGAGUAGAUUCAGUCCAGGACGAGAUACAUACUUGACCUCCGCUUUGAAAGAAAUAAGUUUGUACAGCAUUCCGUAUUCUCUGCUUCGAAAUGUUUCUAGACUCUUCGCGAUGUCCCCUCUCCGUCCCGAGUUAAUUGAAGAUGAUCCGACGGUAACGACACCGUGAGAGCUCAUAAAUUUUAACAGUCGCCGCAUGCAUCGAAACGUCGAUAGUUUAAGCGUCAAUUGCCGCUCAAGCGCAGUUGCAAUGCGACGGUUAAAUGCAAUUGCUACAACUGUUAAGUGCUAUUUGAAGCGGACGAUUAACGCGUAAUUUAUCUACAGGCUCGAGCCUGGGGCCACAGUACGAAUGCCGAGCGAGUGUCGUGUACGGGCGAGUCAUUUAACGAAUAUUCCGAUGCUCGGACAUUACUCGCAUUUGCAAUUUAAUUGCGGGGAAUAAUUUCGCGGGAGCGGAGCGAGGCAGCCGAAUAUACAUAUUGUGCGAAUCACUUCCUUAUCUCCCGGCAUCAAUUAUUAAUGAACGAUUCAGAAUAUAUUAAUCAGAUUUCCGCAAAUACCGUAAAUCCGACCGGCCGAUCUGAUAAGCGUGCAGCUGUAAGACGCGUAAUUUCCGGUGGCCGCUUCCCGCCGCAACGGCGACGCCGUAAACGCAUCUGUCUGAUCGUCGGAGAUACAAAGAUAUGGAGAAACUUUCGCGAGUCAUACGUACAAUCACAUUAGGGUCUUUUUUUUCCCGUGAAGCUAAUGCAGUCGCGGCAUCAUUAAAGGAUAUCAAGCGCGCAAUCAAACGAUAUCGAGCUCGAGAUCGGCGCUGAGUCUGUUAAUAAUACACAUGAACAGAGAUCAGAGGUGCAAUUUUAUGGAGAUUACGGUGCGUCGAGUCGAGUCCGAAAAAUGCAUUGUGAUAAAUCUCAUUAUAGAUAAACGAUGAAACUGAGGAGUAAAAUCCUGCGACGUUCUUAUGACAUUUCCCAGCGAGAAACAAAUAAAAUAGAGGAAAGUCCCCUAUGAUGAGAUGGGCUUCUAAUACGAAAUGACAGGUUUACAAUUACAAUCUUCUUUCGCGGCGAUUACGCAAUUUAACAAUAAAUUUUCCACUAAACAGAUCUCACUCGAUAACU